ACACAGCGCCCAAUUUCCAAUCGAGGUUGGCAGCGCCGCCGCCGGCUCUCCGCUCGCCUGCUCCGCCCACCGGCUCGCCCACGCCACACCCUUCCGCUGUCUACCGCGUUCCCACUCGUCUAUCGCCGCCGCCUCCCCACCCCACAGGAGUUGGAGUCCUCCCGGCGGCGCGACGUGGAUGAGGAGCGCGGUGCGUGGCUGGGGGCGGUGCUGUGAGGGGUGACCGGGGGCGGGGCGCUUGACCGGUUGGUUCCUGAUUUGAGGAGGAUCGAGCAGGUCGGGCGGUUGGGGAAGACGAGUCAGCCGAGUGCUGUCCAUCGAGCGCACGAGAGACAACUAUACGCGUCCAAGAAGUAUGGACGACCCAGAGCGCAGAUGAAUACUCGUCGCAUCAGGAUCCACAUGUCAGUUUGAGGUUUCAGCCGUCUUGUAUCCGGGGACCGGCGCGACCGGAGGGUGGGAGGAUUUGGUGGCGGCGGUUGGGAAGAAGCAUAAGGAGAGAAUAGCGCAGGCGUGAUCGCGCCGAUUGCACUGGGGUGCUAUUGCUACGCCGGUUCUUCGUUUGUUGAGGUUCAAAGUAUCCGACAAUCGAUGGAGAAAGCUCGUUUUUCUGAGGAUUCUGCAGAUCCAAGCACCAAUUGCGAUUGGUCCCAACUUCAGGCUGACCUGCUGGUUCAGAUCUUCGGCAGUCUCGAAAUCCCAGAUCUUUUCAGCUCAGGUGCCGUGUGUCGUUCUUGGCACCUGAAUUAUCUGGAGGCCCGUCGUCUCCGCCUGUGCUCCCCAAACCAGAGUCCCUACCUUGUUUAUUCCUCCGGCGACCGUGACGCCAACACGGCCACCCUGCAUAACAUGUCCACCAACAAGCUCUACCACGUCACCCUCUCAGAGCCUGCCUUCCGCACACGCUAUGUCAUGGGCUCCUCCCAUGGCUGGCUCAUCACCGCCGACGAGCGGUCCAAUCUCAUAUUUGUCAACCCUGUAACCAGAGCUGAGAUAGUUAUGCCUCCACCCGAAACCAUGAACAAUGUCAGGCUCCGCUACACUGAAGAGGGCGUGCUAGAUGGGUAUGAUAUCCUCUCCUUGGAUCUGAUCUCUCGGGAUUUUGACAUUGAAACUGAGACGUAUGAUGUUACACUUGAAGAAGGCCGCUUUCACUUCUAUUUGAGGGUCGUUCUUACUUGUGAUCCCUCCAGUGCAAACUGCAUAGUCCUCCGAGUACACUUUCCAUAUGAUCACCUCUCUUAUGCUAGGGUUGGGGACACCAAAUGGACUUGGAUUGAUACAAAUGAAGAUUGCUGGUGUUAUCAAGAUAUACUUUAUAACAAUAGUGAUGGUCUGUUUUACGGUGUUCGUGGUAGGGGUGAGAUCGAUUCUAUUGAUCUUAGUGGGCCCUCUGCUGAAGUGAAGGCCAUUUUGAAGCCUGUCAUAUCCUAUCAAUUACAUACUAGAUAUAUUGUUCGAGCACCAUGGGGAGAUUUUUUGCAGAUAUGGAGACACGAUAGAUAUAAUGAGGAGAAUGGGAAAAUGGAACGAGUUGCAGCCAAAUUUUUUGUCUACAAGGUCGAUUUUGUUGAACAAAAGCUUGUGCAAACAGAUAGCAUCCAAGAGCACGCAUUGUUCAUUGGUUUCAAUAGCUCUUUCUUGCUUCCCGUUAAAGAUUUCCCUGCGUUGAUUCCCAAUAGCAUCUAUCACACGGAUGACUUGAUGCAUUAUAUCUGUUCUCAAAGAUUUGGUCUCAGACAAGUUGUUGUCUUUAAUAUGAAAGACAACAGUUUCCUUGAGUUAUCGCCUCCUAGUUCAGAUGCAAGAUUGAACUGGCCACCCCCAGUAUGGAUUCAACCAUCACUUACUUGAGAUCCAUCAUGGAAGCAAUCCGGUGAAUGGAUAGUUGUUUAUCCAGGCCAGCCAUCCCUUCUUCUCCCAGCCUUACAUGGAAUUAGCUGUCUAAAUAGCUCGUAGCUACCAAAUGGGGCAUCUCUUGCCCGUGCUGAAAUCCCACCGGCCGUUGUCAAGGUCCUGCACAGCAAUUAUUAGACGAAUAGUUUGUGUUCAGUAUACUUUCGUUUAGGCUGCAAACUUUGUGUUAACUGUUGGAGGAGCACCUAUUUCUAA